UUUUCUGGAUCCACCCUCCGCUGUUUUCUCGCUCCCUUUAACCUCCAGCUAGUUUCCGAUGCCCGGAUGUAGCUACAAAGAGGGCAUGUCAUUUUGACAGCGGCGUUAAGAAACGUCAACACGAAUCCAGACAAAAAACUGGAAACGUUUUUUUUCCUCCUAUUGUCAUUCCUUCUGGAAAAUGGUCGCUGGACAGAUUCGUCUUUCUUGUUAUAUUUCUGCGAUCUGCGGACUACACUCACGCAGCUAGACGCUCAAAAUUUUUUUUUCUAGACAGGAAGCUCGAGGGACGCCCGCCCGCUGAGGAACGAUGCCAGUGGAAAGUGGAAGUGGUGCAGCUGCCCGCCAGGCGAAGCAGAAACGCAAGUCGCACAGCCUCUCGAUCCGCCGGACCAACAGCACGGAGCAGGACCGCGCGGGGCUGCAGAGAGACAUGCUGGAGAGCCAGGACUCCAAACUGCCCCUGUCCCUGAGGACUAACCUGCUGGACCUCUUUGGGCAGAUAGAGAGGGAGUUUGAGAACCUCUACAUUGAGAAUAUUGAGUUGCGGCGGGAGAUCGACACGCUGAACGAGCGCUUGGCGGGGGAGGGCCAGGCCAUCGAUGGAGGAGAUCUGACCAAGGGAGCGCUGAAGGCGAAAGCAAGCCACAGCACAAGUCAGCUCUCUCAGAAACUGAAGACAACAUACAAGGCAUCCACAAGCAAGAUCGUCUCCAGUUUCAAAGCCACCACGUCCCGGGCCGUGUGCCAGCUGGUGAAGGAGUAUGCGGGACACAGGGACGGGAUUUGGGACCUGAGCAUCGCCCGUGUUCAGCCCGUCAUUCUGGGCACCGCCUCGGCUGAUCACACCGCCAUGCUCUGGAGCAUCGAGACCGGGAAGUGCCUGCUGAAGUAUGUGGGCCACGCGGGGUCAGUGAACUCCAUCAAGUUCCACCCGACUGAACAAAUGGUCCUGACAGGUACGAGAUGUUCAAAAGAGACUCCGCCAUUUUGUCUUUGCUAUCGAAUCCGUGGGACCGAUGGCCCCAUCUGGAGCUUGCAGCUUCCCGCCCCUCAGCCAGUGACGGACAUCAACCAGGCUCCCUGUGACGAGGACGUGGAUUUUUCGGAUAAGGACGAAGGGGAAGGAGAGGGGGAGGGGUCCAGCGAGUGCCCCACCCUCAGGGUGGCAUGCACUACCCUGAAGAGCCACCAGGGGGUGGUGAUCGCUGCAGACUGGCUGGUGGGGGGCAAGCAGGUGGUCACAGCCUCCUGGGACCGAGCCGCCAACCUGUACGACGUGGAGACGUCCGAACUGGUGCACACGCUAACAGGUCAUGACCAGGAGCUGACGCACUGCUGCACCCACCCUACCCAGAGGCUGGUGGUGACGUCGUCGCGGGACACCACCUUCCGACUGUGGGACUUCCGGGACCCCUCCAUCCACUCCGUCAACGUCUUCCAGGGACACACCGACACAGUCACCUCGGCGGUGUUCACGGUCGGGGAUAACGUGGUCUCCGGUAGCGACGACCGCACGGUCAAGGUGUGGGACCUGAAGAACAUGAGGUCUCCCAUAGCAACCAUCCGCACCGACUCCGCCAUCAACCGGGUCAGCGUCUCUGUGAGCCACAGAAUCAUCGCUCUUCCGCACGAUAACCGGCAGGUGCGUCUGUUUGACAUGUCAGGAGUGAGGCUGGCGCGACUCCCACGCAGCAACAGACAGGGUCACCGGCGCAUGGUGUGCUGUACGGCGUGGAGCGAGGACAAUCCCACCUGCAACCUGUUCAGCUGCGGGUUCGACCGGCAGGCCAUCGGCUGGAACAUCAACAUCCCCGCCUUGCUGCAGGAGAAGUGACCGUCUCUCCGUCCGUCCGUCCGUCAGUCUGUGACGCGGAGCCUUCUUAAACCGCCCGUCUCUGUGUGAAAGCCUAGAACAUACACCCUGGCUCCGCCCCUACCCCCCCCCCCCCCCCCACACACACACUGCCCCCCUGCCCCCCCCCCACCCCACCCCACCCCGCCGUCUGUUUUCAUUUUCACUCUCUUUCCACUGCGCUGCUGUUGGUCGAUCACGGUGAAGAAGCCUCCUUUCAGCAGAGAGAUAAAAGAAAAUAACUUUGAGGGGAAAAAAAGGGGUUGUGUUCAAUAUAAACAGAGGUCUUAUGCGUACGGUCAGUGAUGGUGAUGACGAUGACGAUGGGCGUAUGUGAACACAGAGCUCUGGAGGAAGAGGGACUCUCACUUUGCUGAAAUAUCAUUCGUAUCUGCAUUAGCGCCAUCUAGUGUACUGAUGUGAGAUUUCGCCACACAAUACCGCCAACGCGAGGCUGCGGGUGAGCCUGUCACCUGAUGCUCUUACACACAGCCUGCGUGACCGGCGCGUCUUCACGUGUCUCUGUAGCGUGUUCACGUGUCCCUGUAGCGUGUCCACGUGUCCCUGUAGCGUGUUCACAUGUCCCUGUAGCGUGUUCACGUGUCCCUGUAGCGUGUUCACGUGUCCCUGUCCCUGUAGCGUGUUCACGUGUCCCUGUAGCGUGUUAGCGUGUCCCUGUAGCGUGUCUAGAGCUUCAGUGUCAUUCUUAAACUGCGCUCUCUCACCCGCGUGCCGAUUCGCAGUUCUGCAGUCACAUGACCCGAGCGUCAUCGUCCGAAAAGGGGCGGCUCUUCGUAAUCCUAGCUGUUUAAGCUUAGAGUUUUAGAAGUAGGGCAAUAACAGUGCCGCUCGUGUCCUGUCAGUACGUGUGCGUUUUAGGAGUCAGAUCUGUUGUGCCGUGUGGUCCCCGUUUCAGUGUAAAAAGGUGGAAAAGCUCCACAGCAUCAUUAUAAUGCAAUAAGCUUAGUCUGCUUGUGUGUUUGUGUGUGUGUGUGUGUGUAUGUGUGUGUGUGCGUGCGUACGACAUAUUGGAUUCAAUACGCUUGAAUAAUAAGAAAACAAACCACUCAAGCGAUCGAUGCUGUGAUGUGUGUAUUCGGGGGGGGGUGGUUCAGGUUGUGUGUUUGUUUUUUUUGUUUUUUAAAAUCCCCCCCCCCCCAUCCCCCCCCCCAUCCCCACGUUGUGCGCUUUUAAGCGUGUUCUUGCUGUGCGACAGGCCGGUCGGCCUCCGGUUAAAACGCUCGGUUUUAGAUCAGAUCAGUAUUUGAUUGGCCACUGCUGUACAGUGCCGUGUACUUCACCGUUGUUGUCACCAAGUGUCUGUGUCGGGUGCGUUGCUCUGGUUACCCAAGUUCUGCACCGACGUGGGCAAACUCAAUGAAUUCAUGAGCAGAACUUUCCCCACCGACUUCCUCUGCCACAGUCCCUGCCCCAGAGGCUGAUGGGAAAUGUAGUACAUAGUGCAUAGUACUUUUGUCCUUCCUACCGUCACGGCAAACCUUGAAUCUACUUUACUUCUCCACUGUUGAUCAUAUGCAUGCAUGUGUCAGUCAUUAUUACUAUGCUGUUGUAGAGGACGUAGAAUCUUCUGGAAAAUUGUGAAAGGGUCAUUGUGCCACAACAGAAGGCACAACUUCAAAAGAAACAGGACCCUAAAAUGGGCCUAAAAUGGGCCUGUUUGUGUCGCAGUGUUUAUAGGUGUCGCACAUUUCAUUCAACGUAGCUGCAAAGGUUUCUGCAAGUAUUACACAGUUCAUAAAUGGUGUUUUAUAUUUAGCAUUUUUUUUUUUAGCUUUUCAUAUUUUUUUUCCUUUUUUAUUUUGACAUAUGCCUACAUUUUGCAAAAUAUCGAGGAUGUAUUUUUUAAAAUUUUUUGCUGUCUUUACCACUGCUUCUGUACAACAGAGUUUUGUGCUGUUACACCUGACUUUUUAAUGCCUAAUAUACAUGAACAAAAAAUCUUACCUACAGUGGCAGGAAUUAUCCAGGGCUUUGAGCUUUUGAAUGUUCCUCCCGGUAGUGUGUGUGUGUGUGUGUGUGUGUGCGUGUGUGUGUGUGUACGCGUGUGUGUACGCGUGUGCGCUCGUGAACGUGUUUUUAGACCGUAGAUACCUGCUGCCAAAUACUUAGCCGUCAAUCGAUCGGUGAGUCGCGGUGUUUAAUGAUUAUAACCUGUGAUAUCGUCUCUCUCACUGCGUGAUGUCACCUCAUUGCUGCCUGUUCCUCUGAGCCACAGAUAGGAAAAACUCACCACUGCCGGCCUCUUAGAGCCGGUGUCUGUUGUCGAUAGCGUUCCGUAAGGACUCCAUUUUAGUCACGAGGUCCGCGCGGAUAUUAAUAACCUUUUAAAUGAGCACAAAAUGGCGGCCCUCGAGUCGGGCGCCAGGCCUCUGUAUGCUGUCCGUCUUCGCGGCUGUAGAUCAUCACAAAAAGUGUUUUUUUUUUUUUUUGUUUUUUUUUUGGUGUGCCGGAUCUCCUGAGCGAUGAUCCUUUGUAAGACGAGGUGAACGAUGUGAUGGCGAGCUGGAAUGAGUGUUCAGAUGAACCUCGUUCAUUUCAGUCUGUUUCCGAAAACAACCGUAAGUUUAUAGCGUGGAGAUGACUAUCAAAAAAGGCUUUUAAAAAAAUCCAAUAAAAUGUUACUUUUCUUUAAUACA